AUGGAGGAACAAUCAGAGGGAAGUGUCGGGAAUCAACCCCCUCCUCCACCACCACCCCCACCUCAACCUCAAGAGAGAGAAUACAUUAAGGCCUUCCGAAAGGAAAACCCUCCAAAGUUUGACGGACUGGGAGAGCCCCCGAAGGCAGAGGCUUGGAUACGCGACCUCGAGCGUAUAUUGGACUUCAUGGGAUGCACCGAUAGGGAACGUCUAGCUUGCGUGAUGUAUCAACUGACUGGACCUGCCGAUUUUUCGUGGGAAACUAAACGACGAACUAUGAACCCUGCCCGCCACGAGGCGUUCACAUGGGAAGAAUUCAAGGAAGAGGUGUACGACAAGUACAUUCCCAUGAGCUAUAGACGGGCGAAGAUAGUGGAGUUCCACACCCUGAAACAGGGAAACAUGACGGUGACGGAGUACGACCAUGCUCUUUAUGUGGAAGAAGCACUACCAAAGGACGAGACGACGACGAAUCCUACACCACCAACACCUCAACCGAACUAUCGAGACAAGAGGAAGUGGGAAGACAACCGAGCUCCUUAUGACAACAAGCGACACCGUUCUACUUUCCGCCAGACACAAGACUAUGACCGGCAAGCCAUGCCACAGCCGAGAGGGAAUCAACAGAAGGCACCCCACUGCAACCGGUGCUCCAAGUACCACUUUGGCGAGUGUAGAGCUGGAGGCAUCCGAUGCUUCACUUGUGGUGGAAAUGGACAUAUGUCUCGAGAGUGCCCGAAUAACAACAAAGGAGAAAUGUGGAAUAGGCAGGGACAUGGGGAACAACAGCAACAACCACAACCCAUUCGACAGGUGGCCCCACAGCAAGCGAGAGCGUACGCGCUGAAAGGAAAUGAAGGGCAGGAACAACAAACCGACAAGGACUGA